AUGCCGUGCGACUACUGCAGCGAGGCGGCGGCGGUGCUCUACUGCCGCGCCGACGACGCCCGUCUCUGCCUCUCGUGCGACCGCCAGGUUCACGCCGCCAACGCCCUGGCCCGGAAGCACGUCCGCUCCCUCGCCUGCGACAAACGCGAUUCGAUUCUCCCCGGAUCCGGUAUCGCGGGAGCUCUACGUGCCUGCGCCCCGGAGAUCCAUGCCGGGCCGAAGCGCCAGAAGAGCCCGGUCGGAAAGCAGGCGCUUUUCCAGCAGCUGACAGAGCUGGUUAAGAUGGACUCGGCGGCGGCCUCGAGGCCGCCCGACCUGAGCCCGAGGACGCCGUGCCGGACGGUCGCCGGAGGGAGCGAAGACGACCGGGGCUCGUCGCAGCCGAUGCCGUACACCUCCUUGCUCAUGCUGGCCCCCUCGGGGUGCGCUGAGCUGAAGGGGAGUGAUAGGCUUGUGGAGGAUGAGGAUCUGCUGUGGGACUGCGGUCCAACAGAUCAUUCCACUCAGGUGCUUUAGUGCUUAGGUGGACAUCACUGGAUAUAAAAAAUAAAAUUGUUACAAAAGCUCAACUUUUUGUUGAUAGAUG